GGUUGACAGUCUGCUGCAGGCGCCUAGUCAGCUGAUCUGGGAGUCGUGCUGCGUGCCGGCCGGUCGGGGUUCUCCGGUCCCGCCGCCCCAGCCGUAGCCAUGUCGUUCUUCCCGGAGCUUUACUUCAACGUGGACAAUGGCUACCUGGAGGGACUGGUGCGCGGCCUAAAGGCCGGGGUGCUCAGCCAGGCGGACUACCUCAACCUGGUGCAGUGCGAGACGCUCGAGGACCUGAAGCUGCACCUGCAGAGCACUGACUAUGGCAACUUCCUGGCCAAUGAGGCAUCACCGCUGACAGUGUCAGUCAUCGAUGACCGGCUCAAGGAAAAGAUGGUGGUGGAGUUCCGCCACAUGAGGAACCACGCCUAUGAGCCACUCGCCAGCUUCCUGGACUUCAUUACUUAUAGCUACAUGAUUGACAACGUCAUCCUGCUCAUCACGGGCACGCUGCACCAGCGCUCUAUUGCCGAGCUUGUGCCCAAGUGCCACCCACUAGGCAGCUUCGAGCAGAUGGAGGCUGUAAACAUCGCGCAGACCCCCGCCGAGCUCUACAAUGCCAUUCUGGUGGACACGCCCCUGGCGGCUUUUUUCCAGGACUGCAUCUCAGAGCAGGACCUUGAUGAGAUGAACAUCGAGAUCAUCCGCAACACACUCUACAAGGCCUACCUGGAGUCCUUCUACAAAUUCUGCACCCUACUGGGAGGGACCACAGCUGAUGCCAUGUGCCCCAUCCUGGAGUUUGAAGCAGACCGCCGCGCCUUCAUCAUCACCAUCAACUCCUUCGACACAGAGCUGUCUAAGGAGGACCGUGCCAAACUCUUUCCGCACUGUGGGCGGCUCUACCCUGAGGGCCUGGCCCAGCUGGCUCGGGCUGACGACUAUGAGCAGGUCAAGAAUGUAGCCGACUACUACCCGGAGUACAAGCUACUCUUUGAGGGUGCAGGCAGCAACCCUGGAGACAAGACCCUGGAAGACAGAUUCUUUGAGCAUGAGGUGAAACUGAACAAGUUGGCCUUCCUGAACCAGUUCCACUUUGGUGUCUUCUACGCCUUUGUGAAGCUCAAGGAGCAGGAGUGUCGCAACAUUGUGUGGAUUGCCGAGUGCAUCGCCCAGCGCCACCGCGCCAAGAUCGACAACUAUAUCCCCAUCUUCUAGCACCCUGGCCCAAGGCUCCCCACAAGUGUGUGUGUGUCUGUGUGUGCUGUAACAAAGCCCACGGCUCACCUGCCUGACCUGGGGGGUAGCACAUUGCCCUAGCAGCUGCCCACCUUCCCUGACCCUCUUUGAGACUGCUGUUGGGCCUGAAAAGGGGCUGGGCACCUGCUCCACCCAACAAGGAUGGACCAAGCCCCCUCACCCAGAGCAAGGAGGCCCCCUCAGCCCUAUGUUUGUAGCCGCUGACAUGUCUGAGAAGCAUGUGGUCACGUUUGUGUCCCUCCCUAACCUGAGAACCCCUGGGGGCAGCGUGAGCCUUCCCUUUCCUCUGUGGGUCACCCCAGAGCGAUGGCCCCAGGGGGAGGAUAGAGUGUGUAUGUCCUUGGAACGGGGAGGAAGUAGCUCUGCAGCCCCCUCCCUCGGCUCUGCCUCUGAGACAAUAAACUGCCCUCUCUAAGC